AUCGAGCGCGACGACGAGUUCCCGGCCCCGGCCAGUCUGCGCGCGCCAGGUGAGAGAUGCGAGCGGCGUCGAGAUGACGGGCCCCGGGCCCCUCGCCAACCGGAGCUUCCUUUACGGCGAGCGGCAGUCGCGACUCGUCUACGCGAGCCUCGACGGCCUCGCCCUCAGCCGGGCCAGUCUACCCCUGCGGCUCCCGCCCAACGAUUCACCGGCCAACCCCAAGAUAGCGGACGAACCCCCGGCGCCAAAGGACGAGGAGGUGGUAGAAGGGGAGGAGGAGAAUGAGGAGGAGGUAGAAGGGGAGGAGGAGAAUGAGGAGAAUGAGGAGGAGAACGUGCUGCACUACGUGCCGGUGACCAGUCGCCGCUACUACCGUAAGUCCCGGAAGCUCGCGAGCAAGAGCCUCUCGCUCAAGUCUCUCGGGGUCUGGCCGGACAGGAGCCAGACCGCUGGACCCCGUUGUCGCAGUCUGUCGCGCGACGAGCUCAGGUCUCUGAGCAUAUCAGCGCCGAGUAACUUUGUCCACGUGGCCUCGGCCACUCGCGGCGAUGGCUUCCCCUGGGCCCGGCUGGACGACGAUGAUCACUACGACGACGUGGGACCACCCGAGGCUGUCACGGAAACGGCCGAGAUCGUCGACGGGGACGAGGUGGUCGAGGGACCGCAGCUGGACGCUUACGACGAUGUCGGUCCAUUGGGCUCGAGCUCGCCGGAGGAGCCCUACGACGCCGAGAGCGUCUACGACGACGUGAUGCCUGCUCACGCGGUCAACUGUGACGAGGACGUCUACGACGACGUGGACCUGCCACCGCGGCAGGAGUGCCACGAGCGCGUCAAUAGCCUAUACGGGGGCUCGAGCGCCUCUGGAUCCUUGCACGCCGGACACCAGGACAAGGAAUCCGAGUGGGAGGACCUCGAGGAAGUUACCUUGCAGCAGCUCGACGACUUUGGGUCGAAAGUAACGCAGGAGCCGAGUUCGCCGACCAAGAAGAAGCUUGUGGGCGGUCAGCGGUGGCUGAGGAAGGUCCGCCGACAACGCUCGAGAGCGUCGAGGAAGAGCUCCGGGAGGUCGACGAGCCGUGGACCAACCCGGGAUACCCCUGUAUCCGAGGACCGCACCUACUCAGGCCGACGCUUGGUGAAAGCACCAGUCAGUCACGGCCGAGACGCGGCGGCGCGCGCACCCGAGAAUCUCGGCAAGUCCGCGGCGACUCGCGACCAUGAGACCGCGAUGAGGCAGAGCCUGAAGACGCCCUCGCGCCGACCCAAUACCCAAGUGACCCUGAGCCUCGGCCAGGGCUCGAUCCUACUGCUGGGCUGGAGCGAGGAGGUGCCCCAGCCGGAGCAGCCCAGACACGAGGUCAAGGGACUUGUGCAGCUGAGACUCGUGCUCGCCGAGGAGCAUGAUGAGCUGGAGGAGGUGGAAGCGGAGGAGGCGGUCGAGCUCCAGGAGGCCUCGGUCUACGUUGCCGAAGAUUCUUCGGACGACAGCAACUACGAGACCUUGGAGACCUACGAGCCCGACGACUUUAGCAGUGAUUCAGGCUCGGAGGCACCCUCGGCUUGUCCCCAGGAAGCGCCGGAGCGCGCGGUUCCUCCACCCCCACGGGAAGCCAGUCUCGGGUACAGCCUUGGACGACGCAUGAAGAUGCUUCGGCGUACCUGGAGCAUCACCAAGGGUAGUCUCGGACGCAUGCGUCGACGAGCCGUCGGUGAGUGCGAGGCCCCGGCCGAGAGUACAAUCGCCGGUGACGCCAAAAAGUACUUUAGCUUCAAGAAGCACUUCCGUAAGAACCAAGCGUCGGGGCUUUCGACCUUUUACCUGGAUAAGGCCGCGAGCCCAGCCAGCAUCGAUGAAAGAAGGGACGACAAGCUCGGGCAAGAGCCCGUCUACACCAACGGCAACUGGUAUCGCGAGGCUGGACUCUAUCGCAACCAACGGAGCUCCAAGUCCCAAGAGGUGCCUGUCGAUCACUAUAGCGUCCUGGCCGAGGAGCCGCUCUAUCAGUUCUACGCGGCGGCGGCCACGAGGGUUGCCUUCGAGUCCGAUUCCGAUGGAUACGAGGAGGUCGAGGAGCUCACGCCUUCGACGGCAACGACGGAUCUGGCCAAGCCCGGGCACCGCACUCUAUGGUGUCAGACGCCACAGGUCAUAAACAGCGGUCUAUUGCAGAGCCUAUCAUCCGAGGAGCGCAAGAUACAGGAGGCCAAGUUCGAGAUCCUGACGUCCGAGGCCUCCUAUCUGAACUCUCUGCGCGUCCUGGAGAACGAGUUCGCGAGUAACUACGAGCUGGCCCAAGAGGUCCUGACGUCCGCCGAGCGGGAGCGGCUCUUCGGCUCGGUGCCAGACGUCCUCGUGGCCUCGGAAAGGUUUCUCGCUGAGCUCGAGUCGAUCUGGAGGGAGGACCCGAUGCUCGCCAGAUUGCCGGAGCUGCUGCUUCGACAUAGCGAGCGCUGCUCCGGCGUUUACGUCGAUUAUUGCUCGAAUCAAGUUAGCAUCGACACGACUCUCAAGGAGCUCAGGUCGAAGAAGGGCUACAAAUUCAUCGAGACGGUCUCGCGCAUCGAGUCGCACCCCACCUGCCAGAGUCUCUCCCUGCACUCGUUCCUCAUGCUACCGAUGCAACGCAUCACUCGGCUGCCUCUCCUCGCGGACGCCAUCCUAUCGAGGCUCGCCGUCGAGCAUAGCGAGAGACUCAGCUGGGAGCGAGUUCUGGCCGCCCUUAGCCACGUCGUCGGCAAGUGCAACGAGGGCGCGAGACUCGCCGAGCGCCGCAACGAGAUGGACGCCUUGGCCAGAAAGCUGGAAUAUUCGUCGAAAGUGCCGCCGAUCAGCCUCCACGAUCGUGAGCUCAUUCGCAGCGGUACCGUCGUCCAGCUGUCCACCAAGUCCGACAGCGAGUAUAAGUUGACCUUUGGCAAGAAAUUCCACAAGACACCGCUACUGUUGAUGCUCCUAACGGAUUACCUUCUAGUCACGAAAUUGAAGUCCAACUCGAACGACGAAACGUACAGCGUGAUAGAGACCUGCAAGCGGAGCCUCGUCGCCCUGGAGUCGGCCCCGGAAGACGCGGCGCCUCUCGCCGGUCGCCACGCGAUGGUACUCACACUCCUGGAGAAUCAGGCAGGACGACAAGUGGAGUACGUUCUGACGUGCGAGAGUGACACGGAGAGGGAGCGAUGGCUAGACGCGGUCUCGCCGCCGAAACCGAGCUGCGUCGGGGAGACGCUAUAUGAGUCCUGGGACUGUCCCCAGGUGAUGGCGCUCUACUCGUACGUGCCGAGACAACCGGACGAGCUGGCGCUGCAGCCAGGUGACGUCAUAAAUGUUCUUCGUAAGAUGAACGACGGAUGGCUAUUUGGUGAGAAAUUGUUGGACGGAGAGCAGGGCUGGUUCCCUGGGAAUUUCACCAAAGAGGUCGCGUCCGAACACGUGAGAGCGAGAAAUCUUCGACAGAGGCAUAGAUUUUUAGCGCUGAGCGGCAGUGUUUUACAACGACGUGCCAAGCAGUCGCUUUCCAUACUUUAAACGAGAUGCCCUCGGUGCCCAGUGCUUCCAUCACAAG